CUACCAAUCGUAAUUUCUCAUAUAUAUUGGAAAUAUUUAUUCGAGUUGUGAAAAUAUCUGUCGUUGGAUGUACAAAUAAUUAUUUACUAUUGUAAGGAAAAAUAUAUAAACACUAGAUGGUUCAAUGUUCGUUUGAAUUAGUGUGAGAUAUAAGACGUCAAUGGCUUACAUUAGUUGUGCAUGUUGCUUGUAACGAUCAAAAAGUAACGAGAUAGAUUUCGCGAUCUAUAUAUUUUCUCUAGUUUGACAGUAAACGACGACACAAUGGCUGGAGUCCGGGAUGAAAUUUUAGCUAACUUUCAGGCAUGUACAGGAAUUGAUGAUGUUGGUGAUGCCAUUAAAUAUUUAGAAGAAUCAAAUUGGGAUUUAUUGGUAGCAGUAAAUCAAGCUAUGCUUCGUAGUACACAACAAUUACCUUCUGAAAUAAGUCCAGAUAUAGAAAUGAUAGAAGAAAUUGAAAGAAUGCCACAAUCACAUUCAUUUUCAUCUCAAACUAAUUGUGAUUCUAAAAAUAAUUCCAUAAUGGAAGUAACAGAAAAUUCAAAACCAGGAACAAGUAAAUCUAAAACUUGUGAAAGAGAAAGGACACUUACAUUCCAUGUUAAUCAUCUUAAUAAUGAAUAUGAAAUAAAUUUAUCUGAAUUUUCAUCUUUAAAAGAUCUCAAACAACUUAUAUGGGUACAAACAAAUGUCCCACCUUGCCAACAACGUCUUUAUGGAUGGAAAAAAGAACCAAAAUCAGAUUAUAGAUCAUUACAAUCAUUAGAUUUACCAAAAGAAAAUACUUUAUAUAUGUCUCCUAUAACAGAAGAUGUUGAUUUAACAACUGAUAUUGUGAGUUUAUCAAAACGAAUGACUCAAACAUAUACUUUAAACAUAAGAGAUGAAAUAAACAAGGAAACAUAUAAUUUGAAAUUUCCUGGAACAAAUACAGUUUUGGAUGUAAAAUCUGGUAUUUAUUCAUUAACAGCUGUUCCAGUUCGAAAUCAACAAUGGAAAGGCUGGCCAAAUUCAGUAAAAAAUGAUAAUGUUAUGUUAGCCCAAAGUGGAAUUUCUUAUCCAGAACAUGAUUUAUCUGUAAAUGAACUUCCCAUGAAAGAAGAAAAAAAGGAUGUCAUAGAUUUAAUUGAAAGUGAUAGUUCAAUAGAUGAAGAUGAUAUAGAAGAUGAUAUUUUUGUAGAUAAUGUCAGAUCUACAAAAACUCAACGUCUUAUGCCAGAAAAUGUAGCAGAUGAAACAAUAGGUACAAUGCAUUUUGCAGAAGAAUUUGAAAAACGAUAUGGACCAGCACAUCCAGAAUUUUUUACUGGUACAUUUAAAGAUGCAGUUAAAGAAUCAUGUUUAAAGCCAGCAAAAGAGAGAAAAUUAUUAGCUGUAUAUUUACAUCAUGAUAAUAGUGUACUAGCAAAUGUAUGUUGCACACAAUUAUUAAGUUGUGAAGCUGUACUUCAAGUUUUAUCUGCAAAUUUCAUAGUAUGGGGUUGGGAUAUUACAUUUGAAUCUAAUAAACAAAAAUUUCUUUCAUCUGUAAAACAAACAUUAGGAUCAUUUGCAACAUUAGCUAUGGAAAAUAUAGAUGUCGAUACUUUACCUGCUCUUGUAAUUAUAAUGAGAGCUAGAUCCAUUACAGAAAUGUUUACAGUAAUACAUGCCAAUGUGGGAGUAAAUGAAUUAUUAACUAAUUUAAUUCAUGUUGUUGAAGUAUUUCAGGAACAAAGACGUACCGAUAUUGGUGUUGAAGAAGAAAGACAAGCUAGAGAAAGAGUAAAACAAGAACAAGAUAGAGCAUAUCAGGAAAGUUUAGCUGCAGAUAGAGCAAAAGAAGAAGCAAAACAAAUGCAAGAAGAAUUAGAAAAGCAACGAAAAGAACAAGCAGAAAACGAAAGGUUGGCUGAAGAAGCAAGAAAAGAAGCUCAUAGACAGGCGGUAGAAUCGAGUUUACCACCUGAACCACAACAAGGAACUGGUGAUGGAGUGUUAAAAGUACGAGUACGGCUUCCAGCUGGAAAAUUUUUAGAGCGCAGAUUUCAAUCUGAUACACCUCUACAAACACUUCUUAACUUUCUCAUUGUGGAAGGUUAUCCAACAGAAGAAUACAAAGUUCUGUGUAGUUGGCCUCGAAGGGAUUUAACAUCUAUGGAUUCAAAACUCACUCUUAUGGAUUUAAAAUUCUGUCCUCAAGAAACAGUAAUUUUAGAAGAACGAUAAGUAAUUUGUUGUAAUUAAAUUAAAAUGUAGAAUUUAAGCAUUGCAAUAUUCUGAAAGUGUUAUUUAUUUAACAAGUUUUGAAUAGUUAUCAGUUAGUAUGAGUUCAGUUUAUUGUGCAACUACAUUUUUAUGCUGUAUCUUUUCGUACUAUUCAUUCGUACGACAAAUGUAGUCUUAUAUUAUAAAAAGUCCUUUCCAUGCAUGUGCAUUGUAUAUUUUAAAUUCCUAAAAAUAAAUUACAUUUCAAAAAACCUCAAACAAAA